AAGCAACGCUGCAGGCAGGCGGAAUGGCAGGAGUCAGCCCCACCUGCAAAGACUUAGGUGUUUGGUGGGGCUGCCGCACCGUGCUCCUGCUCAGCACCCAGCCUGGCCUCUGCAGACCUGACGGAUGAAGUCUCCCAAGAGUUAGCUGAACUGUUUGCCGUGUAAAUGCUUGUCAUAUCGGUUUUUAUUCAUCUGAGCCCCACAAGUCCAGGGAAGGAAUUUGCUGGCGUCACCAAGGAAACUCCAGGCUCUGUCACCAUGGCUGAACAUGGCCAUUGCCCAACAAAUACUGACGAACUGGACUAGCUGACGGAAGAAAGGAAGAACGUUUGCAGAAGCUCAGGAAAGGGAAGCUACUUGCCCAAGAUCACACAACCCUUGUGGGAGGCAGAGUAAGAACCGGGACAAGACUCAGACGGCUCCGGGGCCUGCCCGGCUUCUUGCAGACUCGCACUCUGGGAUGUGAGGUCACUCUCCGAAUCCAGACUUGGCAAAAGGAGGCGGCAGAACAGGCUCUGAGCUCUCUGUCAGUCACCUGCUCUGCUGGGGACCAUGAAAGGCAGUGCCACGACCCUGACCUUCACCGCCCUUCUCUGCCUCGGGCUGUGCUGGGGCCCGUGGAACCAGGGACAGCCAGAGGUUCUCCCCAAACCCUCCAUCCGGGCUGACCCAGGCACCUUGGUCGCCCAGGGGAGCCCGGUGACCAUCUGGUGUCAGGGGUCUCUGCUGGCAGAUGUCUACCGUCUGUAUAAAAAGAGCAGCUCUGAAUCCUGGGAGGCUCAGGCCCCUCAGGGCUCCAGGAACAAGGCCGGGUUCCACUUUGAAUACACGAGCUCAAGUGAUGCCGGGCAGUAUCAGUGUGCAUAUCGCAGCAGGAACCGCUGGUCAGGCUGGAGUGACCCCCUGCCCCUGGUGCUGACAGGAGUGUACAGGGCGCCCUCCCUGUCUGCCCAGCCCAGCCCUGUGGCGGCCGCAGGAGGCAACGUGUCCCUCACGUGCAGUUCACAGUAUGCAGCAGGCACGCUGCACCUGCUGAAGGAGGGAGGCGCUGACCUGCCCCGAUACCAGAUGUCGAAGAACUAUGGGAACCAAGGGCGGGAAGAGGCUGUGUUCCCUGUGGGCCCCGUGACCAGCUCCCACGGGGGGACCUACAGGUGCUAUGAUGCUCCCAGCACCCUGCCCUAUCUGUGGUCACACCCCAGUGACCCUCUGCAUCUCCAGGUCACAGGCCUGUCCAGGGCGCCCUCCCUCUCCGCCCAGCCCGGCUCGCUCGUGCUCCCCGGAGACAACCUGACCCUCCGGUGUGGCUCAGAGGCCGGCUUUGGCAGCUUCGCUCUGACCAAGGAGGAGCAGCUCAGCCCGCCCCGCCGCCUAGAAGGGCAGCAGAGCCCCGACUUCCCCCUGGGCCGCGUGAGCCGCGCCCACGGGGGCCGCUACAGAUGCUACAGUGGGCACAACCUCUCCCACGCGUGGUCGGCCCCCAGCGCCCCCCUGGACAUCCUGGUCGCGGGAAUGCACAGGAAACCCUCCCUCUCCGCCCACCCGGGGGCCUCAGUGCCCCAGGGAGAGAACGUGACCCUGCAGUGUCGCUCUGAGGUCCGCUCAGACACCUUCCAUCUGUCCAAGGAGGGCUCGCUCGCUCCUCCCCAGCACCUGCGUCUGCAGGACACGGCUCCGCCCGUCCAGGCCAACUUCACCCUGAGAGCUGUGACCGCGGCCCACGGUGGGACCUACAGAUGCUACAGCUCACAGAGCACCGCCCCCCACCUGCUGUCGCUCCCCAGCGACCCCCUGGAGCUCCUGGUCUCAGGAGGCUCCGGGAAUCAGCUCCUCCCUGCCUUGGAAUCAGGCCCGGGCCUCACCUGGUACCUGAGUGUCCUCAUCGGGGUCUCGGUGACCUUCAUCCUGCUGCUCCUCAUCCUCCUCUUCCUCCGACACCGGGGUCAGGACAGACGCAGGAAUUCAGCAGCCGCAGCAUCAGGGCUUGAGGACAGAGGCCGGCAGAAGAGCUCCAGCCCGGCUGCUGACGCCCCGGAGGAGAGCUUGUACUGUGCCGUCACGGAAGACGCACGGCCGGAGCACGGCAGAGCGAGGGCCAGCCAGGCUGCCACACCUGAAGACCCCCAGGAUGUGACCUAUGCCCAACUGGACCACUCAAUCAAACAGGGGGCAACCACACCCUCCAACCAGCAGCCAGGGGAGUGCCCAGCAGAGCCCAGCGUGUACGCCACUCUCGCCUUGCACUAGCCCAGGACGACCCAGACCCCACCUCCAGGGGCCCCAGGAGCUGCCCACACAGACACUCAGUUCAGCCCCAGCCAGCCUGGACUCCUGACACCAGCAGCUCUGGGACCUCCCAGGUAGGCUAGGCUGCGAGCACAAUGCUGCAGGCUUCACAGGACUUGGCAAAUCCUGAGCUGUAACCUGCAGAUUGGCACAAGAGCCCCAGGCCCCCAGGGCAUGCCUGCAGCUGCUGGGCUUGCUUAACCCCUAUUUCUCAUUUCUUGAGACCAAGACAGAGAAAAGGGAAGCCUGCCUCCCGCCUGACCAUGAGGUCUUCAGCAGGGGGGGGUUGGUGGCAGGGCUCCCCCUUCCUGUUUGGGAAAUGGCCCCUCUCCGAGAACUGGUUUUGGCUGUUGGGUGUUCACUGGGAAGCAGGGGCUUACUUCCUCCACCAGGGACUGACCGUGAACCCGCAUCACAGCAGGGCAAGGCGGGUUCACUGGGACCGCCAGUGAAUCGCCUAGUUUCGUCUUUGCCCGUACUGUGGGUCCCCUGGAAGUGUGACGGAGUGAUGUGUAGAUGUGUGUCAGGAUACAGUAAACCCAGGCCUGAGGGAAACAAAGACCACCAUCCAGCAACGGCCCCCCGGGCGGGAACAAAGCUCAGCCGCUCCAACCAGCCCAAGGUGGCGGCCGCUGCCACAGGGUGUGUGUCAGAGGGGGAAGGAGACAGCAGUAAAGACCAGUCCCACAGCGUG